CAACGACCGGGCCCCAUUCCCAUUCCCAUUCCCAUUCCCUCAUUUUCUACUAAAUCUUGCUCUUUCCCACCCUGAAGAACCUAAAUCCUCUCAUCUUUCCCACUUUCACGUUUGCAUCUUUACCAUUAUUUCCCCUUUUAUCUCUAUUCUUGUCUCCCUGGACUCGUAUAUAUAUAUUUAUAUAUCAACCCUACCUCAUUGUUCCUCUCUAAGAUACCCAAUAGCAAAAAAGCGUACCUACUACCUACCUACCCGGCUACUACUUCACAUUACCGCGUCUUUAAACCCCACCAACCAAGUCACUAAAUCACAAUACGCCUGUCCUCACUUAUUAGUCCCGGUGCUAAAAUCACUCGAUAAAGACCUCGGCUAUCACCAUUCGACAUUUCGGAAUUUGACCGUUUCAAGGACACAAGACAAUAUUGUAUAACUAAAAAGGAACACUGCAAUAAACGAGCAACCCUGGCACCCACAUCACCGACCAGUCUCCUCACUUCGGCAAUUUAGCCGCCUGUUCCACCCAGGUCCCAUCAACUCAACCCGACUCAAACCCUUCACCUACCUACACAGAACAACUACCGCCAAGAUGCCCGGAAUUCUUCCCAUGAAGGUGAUCAAGGUGGGCACCAGCUCUCAGAGUCGCAUUGCACAGGCUUGUGAUCGUUGCAGGAGCAAAAAGAUUCGUUGUGAUGGAAUCAGGCCAACAUGUUCUCAAUGUGCCAACGUCGGCUUUGAAUGCCGGACAAGCGACAAACUUAGCCGCCGCGCAUUCCCUCGUGGCUACACCGAAUCUUUGGAGGAGCGCGUGCGACAAUUAGAAAGCGAAGUUCGAGAGCUUAAGGACUUGUUAGAUGAGAAGGACGAGAAGAUAGACAUGCUCUCUAAAAUCCACGGCAACCGAUCGAGUCCUUCAAUGCCGGCGAGCAGCCCGGCUGCACCAGAGUCCCGAAAUGAAGCCCUGGCCAUAAAAGAAGAUACUUUCCGCGUACAAGCUGCACCUCUGUUACUUGGAGUUGAGAAUUCCGACUCUUACUUUAUGGGCGCAUCUAGUGGUAGAACAUUUAUUGAGUCUUUCAAGCGAAAAAUUCAAGAAACCGGCAAACCUAGCACCGACUUCAACCCAGAGGCUUUCCUGCAUAUCCAAGGCUGCAAGCCCCUUGGUCCCAGAUCACCAGAGCAAUCUUUUAGGCUUCCUCCUCGUCUCUUCUCUGACCGCUGUGUCAAUGUUUACUUUCAAGAGUGGGCUCCUCUGUUCCCCAUCCUCCACAAGCCCACAUUCCUCCAUGUCUACGAGGAGUUCGUCGCCGACCCUGAGAAGGUCAAAGGCAACCACAAGCUCGCGCAACUCUACCUCGUAUUCAGUAUCGCGGGUCUGUCAUCAGAGAACCCUGACAUUCCCCAGCUUGCUGCCUGUGAGCAGCAAUGGCAAACCUCCCUGGAUGCUAUUCUCAUGGAGGAUACUAUGAACACCUUACAGUGCCUGUCCCUCGCUCUCCUUUACUGCACCAUGCGUGCAGACUACAAGCGAUUACAGCACUACAAGGGCAUCGCUGUUGGUCUCUCGCAUCGCCUAGGCCUGCACCAGAGUCAGAAGAGAUUCUCCUUCGGUGCUCUCACAAUUGAGACUCGAAAGAAGGUCUUCUGGACCAUUUACACUCUCGAUUGCUUUUCUGCCGCCACUCUUGGCCUUCCUAAGCUUCUUAAAGAAGGGGAUAUACAGACCGAGUAUCCGUGCGAUACUGAUGAUGAGUAUAUUACUGAAAAGGGCUUCCAGCCUACACUUCCUGGUGAAUAUACUCGCCUUUCGAGUGCGCUAGCCUUGUUCCGUGCGACUCGCAUCCUCGCCAAGGUGCUAGAGAAGAACUACCCCGCCUCAAGCUCCUACGAGAUUUCGCUUCAACAGAUGGCUGCUCUCGAGAGUGAGCUUGAUGCUUGGUACGACCAGCUGCCUACCCAUCUGCGACUGAACUUCGUCCAAGAUAAGCCAUCCACAGAUGUGACUGGUAGCCGCUCACCAUUACUGGCACUGGCCUACUACUACAUUCGAACACUUAUCUAUCGUCCGGCAGUAGGCUCCAGUUUGGGUUCUAAGGCAGCCUCGGCCUUGAUGUCAAUCGGAGCGUCGAGCAAGCACAUUGUUCAGAUUGUUCAGCUGCUUGAAGAACGCGGUAUGACCUUCUCAUUUUGUUUGAACAAGACGGAUCUGCUGGUUGUUUGUGGCAUGGCGCUGCUCUACCACUCAACUGAUCUCAAGCAAGACAGUAAACUCAUGCGCGAUGACGAACGAUUGGUAAAUGCCGUGAUUCAUAUCCUGGAUAAGACUGAGGGCUCUGGCUCGCUGGACUUCAAGCGUGUGGCUAGCAUGCUGGUCAAAGUUGACGAAUCCGAUGUGUCGCCAAUGCACACUUCACGUGAGGUGUCGAUGCCCCCCGCGCCCGUCUCCAACCGAGGAUCCCCACCAAGAGGAAUAGUUACCAAAUCUAAGAAGAAGAAGAGCAGGGCAGGCUACCCCCUCGGUCAGCUCCCAGCCGCUGCAGCCAGCGAGAGCAACUUGAUUGAUCAUCAGGAGAGGAUGCGUCGCAUGACGAUGCCCUGCGUUGCCGACCAGCGACCUGAAUUUUACCGUGCUCGGGGCCGUCAAUCAUUUGACAAUCCUCAGGCCGAGGUUCCCGUGCUCCAGCGAGGACAUCGCAUGUCCAUGUCCCCCAAUCCAGAUCGCAAGACUUCCCCGCUGUCCCGCAAUCUCGACUUCAUGCCCUUUGCCCACUCAUCACAGUCACCACAACCGACUUCACCGCAACAGACACGUGCACACUCCCAUUCUGGCCCUACAAACCAGGCACAUCACACGAUGGGGAGCUCUUCGGUUGCUGCCGCUAAGGUGAACGGGGUUUCAACGACUGAGUGGGAGACAUUACUUGGAUCAUUGGAUGGUGGAAUGAACAACGUAUACGAUGCUAUCUAUGGCGGACAGGGCCUUGUCAACGAGAGUGCAAUCGCUGUUAGCAAUUGUGGUGAUUGGCCCCCGGACAAUUGGGACCUCGGCGGUUUCAGCAUCGCCGAGUUCGGAAACAACCCGCAGCCUCCCCAGAGCGUUCUCAGCAUGAGUGAUGAGAGCCUUAGCUCGGGUGAGGAGGUCGGCCCCUCGGAACUUGGACUGAGCGUGGAGAGCGUUGACUAUCGCAACCACAUGGUGGCUCAACAACAUGGUCAUGAAGGAUACAUGAUGCCCGACCAUAUGGAGACGUUUCCUAUCUUGUAAGGGUGAUGGACAGAAUGAUACCACAGGAGAAAGUCUUUGUAUUCAACAUGGGUCUGACAACGGAGUUAAUACUGGGGACUUGAAUUUUAAUGAUGUGAUGAAUGGGAGUCGGGCUGGGAAUUGACUGGCAAUGAGUGUUUUUCUAUUGAGCGAUCUACUUUUAUUGGCUAACUAUUAUACCUGGGAGGUGAAAUUUUGUCAGACACUCGGUAUUUUUGAGACUCUUAUCCUCUACAGAGGAAACAGGGACGUGGAAUAUGGAUGAUGGGCAGUUCAAGGACUGCCCUCGCAAUACGGCAUGCUAGAUCAUCUAGUUGUUAGUUCGUAACUUGCAAAUGAACGAAAAGAACGCAGACAAACAAGCCCACCCGUCCAGCGGUUUAGAAAAGUGAUACGAGUAGUUGAUUC